GCAGUUAUAUAACUUAUCUAUAAUGAUAUUACCAGUGCAUUAUGACGUUUAAGGUGAUUUUAAACGUGCUGGUUUAGAUAUAUUGACUUAUAGAAGUUUUAUUUAAUAUAAUAAUUUUGUACAAAUAUUUGCGAUUUUUUGUUUUUAGUUUUAGUCAUCAUGUUAAGUUUAAAAAUGUUUCGUCUUGCUGUGAUUCUUCUUCUGCUGAGCAUAAUGUGCGUGAACGCCGAUAAUUCAAUGCGGAGUGAGCUAACAGCUACCGGAGAGAAAUACGAGGAAUCAGAUUGUGGUGGUACGGUGAACGACACGACACACUGCAAUUGCCCGGAUACAGGUUUCGAAUGCGACUGUAAGAAAACAAAUUCAUGCAAAGGUUUACCAUGUAUACCAAUACACCAAGUAUGCGAUGGGGUAGCGCAGUGUAAUGAUAGCAGCGAUGAAUCCAACUGUGCCUGUGGUAGUAAAUACAAAGCUCGUUGUGGUUUGCAUCUUUCAAACUAACUGUACGGCCGAUGCAAAGUGUAUAUAUCGAUGGAAUGUUCUAGACCACGAUAAACAAUGCAGUGACGGUUCUGAUGAGCCUUGUGUCGUAAGUUAUUCAUCGGAGGGCUUUUGUUUGUUUAACUUACUUCAGUGCCCAAACCGUAAACUUAAAGAUUUGGCCAUUAUACAUCUAAGAAAGUAUAAGUAUGACGUGUACACUCUUCCUAUUUUAUAUCUAAGAAAAUAUGACGUGUACACUCAUCAUAGAUGUUGGAAUGUGAGUAGAUGUACAGAGGAUCAGUCAUGCGGGGAUGUUUAUUGGCGAUGUGUGAUGAUGGCUUUUGUAGACCUCCGUAAACACUGCACCGCCUUGUUGGCAGAGACCAAUUCAUUGCUGCAGUGCAAUAAUGGUAGAUUGAUUAAAGGUAAUCAAAUAUGUUACCAAGAUGAUAGUUGUGGAAGCAUGCAAACCAACAACGCAUUUAGAUGCAAGCCGAAACCCUUGUACGGAUGUACUCAAGAAUACAUUACAAUAAGCGAGCAUAAUCUCUAUGAUUCUGACUCAAACUGCGCUGAUAAGUCGGACCUUUGCUUCAUCGGGGACCUCAAGUGCUUCCGUUGCCUGCACAGUGGCGAGUUGAUAUCUGUCAAUCAAAUUUGUGACGAAAUAAUGGACUGCCGCGACUUCUCGGAUGAAUGUUUUUGCCGAAAUCAAUCAACUUGCCUUCGUUACAAAGCUAGUAGGUUAUCAUGUCCUCCCGGGAUGGUAAUUUGCAUUGAAGAAAAUACUUGUGUGUGGAGCCGACAAGCAUGUAUAGAAGCUACAAUCGUGAAUACCGUGCCACUGCAAGAAAGAAUCAGCUGUGACAACAUCCGAGGAUAUGGUGUUAAAUGUGACGGAAUCUUUGAAUGCCCUUAUAUGGAGGAUGAAUGUGGUAAUUGUACGAAUAGACCAGCAGUUUGUGAUCAAAAGUGCUGGUAUGUUUAUGAUUGGCCUGGAAUUAAACAUUGUAAUGGAUUUCCGUAUUCUCUUAAUG